AUGCCAGACGUGGAACCGCUCAGAUAUCCGUCCAGAGAAGGACGACCGAGCCAGCAAGAUCAAGCAGAUCUUCAAGUCGUUUGCUCCGGUCGACGUCGCACUUGUGCUUUGCUCAACAGUCCCUCGCCAUGUGUCAACAACGCUAUUUACCAUAUGCAAGAGCUGAGGAUGGCUGUGGACAAUUGGUGUCAGCAGAUCGACCAGGACAAGCACCAAUACAGCAAAUCUACAAGAUUUCAACGGAGAGACUCGGGCACAGAAUCAAUGAUGUCCACAGAGCUGUUCGUCGAAGGCGUCGCGAUCAUGGCAAGAGAAAGUUCUCCAUUAUCACCACUGUUGAAGAACAUAAAUGACGUCCUUGGAGAGGUGGUGGGUCUGAUUGAGCGGCUGGAGGCUGAUCGGCAGUCCACAGAGGAAGCGCUCCACAAAGAGAAGAGGAGAAGGAGAUUCCUGGAGAGCAAAGUGGAGAGGGUUUCACUGGGGAAGCAACAGGAGCAUUCCUCUGUCGUCCAAAAAGAGCACGAGGCUUGCAGCAGAGACAUCAGUGAACUGAAGUGGCAGCUCAAAUUGGAAAAAGAGAAGCUGGACAAGCUCCAAGAGAAACUAUCAGACUCAGAGGUGUUGAACCAGCAUUUACACGAGGACAUCAACUUUGCCCAAAAACAAACACCCAUCGUGAAAGAGAACCUGGACCUCCAGAGAACCGCCAUUAAUCAAAUCAAUGCUGCACAAGCAAAGGCGGAUGAGGUAAACUCAAAAACACAAAGUGAUCUCCUGAUGGUCCAGGAGGAGUUUAAAAAGAUGGAACUGGAAGCCAACAAUGAGAAAAUAUCAUUGGACCGUAUCGUGUUGACGAUGGAGACUCAGCUGGCUAACACAUUGGAAGAUUUAAACCAGAUGAUGACGCUUGAGAAAAGUCUAUGUGCUGAGAUAGAUGUUGCUGAAAAGACAGUUGCUCUCACAGAACACAAUUGUGCAGCCAUGAAGCAACGCAUCCCUGAGAUGAUGGAGCUGGAGAAAACUGAGGAAGACCGGAUUUCACAAUUGAAAAGUCAAAUUGAGGAUGAAAGGCAAAAGAACAAGAAAUUAAAAGAGAAAGUUACGACAUUGCAGGAGGAUAUCGAGAGAUCAAGACUUAAUGGGGAGGAAGAGGUUUCCUGCAUAGAAGAGCAGUUCCAUUUGAAACGUAAUGCUCUCGCAGCGCUCUGUAAAGAAAACAUGGAGUGUGAGCAGAAUGUUGAAGACUACAAGAGGAACAUUUCCGAGAGUGAGGAAGCAGUGAAGCAGCUGCGCUCGCAGAGGGAGCAGAUGCUCCAGAAAACCCUCGACAAUGAUGAGCGGUGGGAAAAGGCCAAGGAGGAGCUGACCCGAGUUGUCGCCCGGCACAGUGUCGCCCGGACUAAGCUGGAGGAGCAGAAGCAGCUCACCUUCGUGGGAGAGCAGAGGGCCAGGACGGAGAUAGAAAACCUGAAGGAAGAUCUGACAGGUCGGAUAACUGUCCUGGAACUGCUGCAGGGUCAGUGUGCAGACGUCAGGGAGGCACUACAACGACAGACAAGGAGCUCAGAGCUAACCAACCAAAAACUUCACAAUGAUUUACAGGAAGCAUCUUCAGCAACAAAAGCACUAGAGACAAAAGUUGAGAAAAUCAAAAAGGUGACAGAACAUUUUGAGAAGAUUCAGUACGAGCACAGGAAUAGGUUACUGGACCUGGAGAGGGAGAAGAAACUCAGAGUGGACCUCUUGAGAGCCGCCCAGGAUUUACACUCUGCAACUGUAAAGAGGUGUGAAGACACCCAGGGGAGGAUCAGUGACCUUACGAAGAAGAGCGAAGAACACCAGGAGUCUUCGGAUGAAUUGGGAAAAAUGGUUGCGAGCGUGCCCGAAGUCAUCGAGGAACUCCAAAGUGUGUUUGAUGCGGUGGAUUUCAGAAACAAAUCAGCUGCUUUCAUAAUGAGCACCUUGCAGUCUGAUAUUAAUAACUGCCAACGACAAACACAGCGAUCCAUGCAGACACACAGCGCUCACGUUACAGCGAGGAGAAGGGAAAUGGAAGAAACCAAGGAAGCACUAAAAACUGCACUGGAGGAGAACCGGCAACUGGCAAGUGAGUAUGAGGGUCUGAAGAAGAUCCUCAUGGAGGCCAGACACGAGGAGGUGUCAGCACUGAGCAACAAGAACCAUGAACACAGAUCUUUACAUUAUUACACACAGCUCUCUUUGUUGCAGAAGAGGAUGCACAAAGCUCUGGUGGAAUACUUCAAACAACGCAGCCUCUACAGCCAGGCUGAACUGGACCGGUGCCAGGCGCUCUCUCAAGAGACCAACCAGAAAAUAAAAACAGCCCAGGAGGGGUUGUCAGGAGAAAUUCAGCUCAUCGCUGCCUUCCUGAAAUCCCUGACAGAUGACUCUACUACCACCGGUGAUGCCGGGGUGAACAAACAAGCCGGUCCAGAUGCCGCCAGAUCGAAUGAGUAGAUGCCUUCAGUUCAAACAGCGGUGUAAUUGGACAUUCACCUGUACCAGACAACUUACUUACCCUAGCACGCUUCACUAUCCCCCCCCUCUUUACUUGCAGCGAAUCCAUAACAAUGAAACAGGUGACUUUCAUGCUGCUGUCAGGACUGAUCUAAUUUUAGCUGGGUGAAUGAUUGCAAUUGGCUUUGCCUCAUCAGAUAAUUAAUCUAUGUCACCAUUAAUUGGAAAAGAGAAUAAUUACAGGCAGUGUUGACAGAAAUUCUACGCUCCUCCAGAUUCCGGGAUCUAAUUACAACUAGUGAAACCCUGUGACCUUAACUAGCACUUAGUACACCUUGACCACCUUGACCAUGUCCAGGAAGACCAGUGUCUCCGGGAAGACCCCGCUUUUUUGUAAUCGCGCCGCCCGCUCCUCGGCUCCCUUCACUCUCCCCCGCUCUCCGAAAGCUGUCUCCCUCAAUCACUUUUCAAUAUUCAAUCUUAAUUUUGUGGAAGUUUAGCAUUUUCAAUGAGCUGGAGAUGAAUGAUUAAUGAAUAAAUUUAAAUGCUUCAUUUUGUCCAUGGAUCAUUAGUUAAGUCCUUUGUGGGAAGGACCUGAGAAAGGAGUGAAAAUUAUUGAGACAUUAGCCUGAAGCAAUCCAGGGGUAAAUAGUGUGCACAAAAGGAUGUUGUGUGUGCACUAUCCACUGGCUUUUCUAAAGAACCCUGGGGAAACACUGUUUUCAAUUUGGAAUCUUAACUGAAUCACAUUUAGUACUUGUAGAAAAUUGAUUUUUGUUUCAUCAUGUUUCUGCAAUGUCAUACUAAUGGUAGACGGCCGCAGUGUCUGCUCCAUAUAGACUCACUCUAUAGAAAAAGUUAAGAAGAAAUGUCUCUGUAUAAACAAUACCUGUCUAAAAAUGAUCAAAUUCAGGUAUUUAUAUGUUUAGUCAAGAAGAAUACAUGAUACAUAUAAUCAAUAAUGAUCACAAACAUCUUGAAACAGUUAGUGAUAUUGAUAUUCUUUGUAAUGUGCUGGUGUAAAGGUCGGUGCUUCCACACUGCUCUUUUUAUCGCCCUUCUGUCGGGGUCUGGCUGAUAGAGAUGCUGUUGUCUGCUUGAUGCCUCUCCCACUAGUGGAGACAGAAGGGGGCAGCAUGGACAGCACAACCUUGGAGAGACAUUAUUGACUGCAACAUGGUCCAUUUAUUUUACUUAUCAUCCUUCUAUGACUGUAGCGUUUCAUCUCAA